CCACUUAUUUUAAAGACGUCACCCGGUGAGGCUCAGUAGAGAGCUGCCUUUGGAGUAAGGAGGUGUCAGAAAGGCGCCCGACAUGAACUCAUCUCAAAUACACAUGCUACAGAUGCGCAGGGACCUCGGCCACCUGUCCUGUGAGCCCUGCGUACAGAUAUUUGAGCAGCCCAAGCAGAGGGGCAUGCGCUUCCGAUACAAAUGCGAAGGCCGUUCCGCCGGCAGUAUCCUGGGGGAAUGGAGUUCUGACGACAACAAGACGUAUCCCAGCAUCCAGAUUCAGAAUUUCUUUGGGAAAGUGAAGGUGCGCGUGUCACUGGUGACCAAGAAUGAGCCCUACAGGCCACACCCCCAUGAGCUGGUGGGCAAGGACUGCAAGGAUGGCCUCUACGAGGCAGACCUGGGCCCCGAACGCAGGGUCUUUGCCUUUCAGAACCUGGGCAUACAGUGUGUGAAGCGGAAGGAGGUGAAGGACGCAAUCUUGCAGAGGAUGGCGCAGAACAUGAACCCCUUUAACGUGCCCCGGGACCAGCUGCUGCAGACCGAUGAGUACGACCUGAAUGUGGUGCGGCUCUGUUUCCAGGUCUUCCUGCAGGACGAGACCGGCCACUACAGCCGGGCGCUGGAGCCCAUUGUCUCAAACCCCAUCUACGACAACCGUGCCCCCACGACCGCCGAACUUAGAAUCUGCCGCGUCAACAGGAACACGGGCAGCGUGAACGGGGGAGAUGAGAUCUUUCUGCUCUGCGACAAGGUGCAGAAAGAUGACAUUGAGGUGCGGUUCUUCACUCAGAACUGGGAGGCCAAGGGCUCCUUCUCGCAGGCUGAUGUCCACAGGCAGGUUGCCAUUGUGUUCAAGACGCCGCCAUACAUGAACACCUCCAUCACCACUCCUGAGACGGUGGGCAUGCAGCUGCGACGGCCCUCAGACCAGGCGGUCAGCGAGCCCCUGGAGUUCAGAUAUCUGCCUGAUGACAAAGAUCCCUAUGGAUACCAGGAGAAGAAGCGAAGGAUGGAGGACCUGAUGAAAGCCUUUCCCAGUAUUAACGGUGUGAACCCUGUCAACAGACCAAAGCUGGUACCACGGGCCACUCCGACAAUCAAGAAAGAACCUAACAUGUACAUGAAGACGACAGCAGCCAAUGGCCUUCAAAAGUCUCAGCCUGGCACGCACAAUAGCUCCUCCUACCUGAUGACAUCACACACAGCAGCCCAGAAUGUGGUGUCCAUGAAUGCCAUGAUGCCCCACCUAAAUUCAGCUCUCUCGCUGGACGCCGUGCAGGUCAACCACCAGACCACCUCCAACAGCACCGGCAUGCAGCCUCUGCACGGUGUUUCGACAUUCGCGGGCCUGGGGGAGAACAGCCUCCCGCAGCUCACAGAGGGUGACCUGCAGUGCCUGAACAUGGCUAUGGACAUCCAGGGCUCAGGGCCCCAUGGCCAGCUACUGCAGCAGCAGAAGACCCCAGGCCAAGGAAAAGAGCCAGGGGCCGGACCUUCUGGACCCAAACCCUUUUGGCCCACUUACAGCAUCCCUGUGUCCCAGAACGCAAAGGUAGCGAUGCCGUCGUUCUCCGCCAUAGACGGCCUGGAGUGUGAGGAGAUCCUGCAAAGCUUCGCCGACCCCCAGCCCCCAAUGUUCCACUUGAAGCAGGAGCCCUCGAUGGGUCAGCAGGGCGGUCCCGCCAGCAUGGUGGCGCCUGUCUCCUCAGAGGGCGCCCCACAGUACAUCAGUCUGACGCCGUGCCAGAUGAGCAAUGGGGGCGCUCUGGAGGCCCUCCGACAGUCGGGUGCCAGAGCAGCUCACAGCCCUGGCAUCAGUGGCUUGCCAGCUCAGUUCUUAACCAACGGCACCAACAGCUCAGAGCACUUCAAUAGUAUUAAUUGGCGAUAAACUAAAGGAGCAGGUGAAGUAUUCUCUGGCACGAAACAGUUAUGCUUGGAAGUAAUCCAAGACUUAAUUUUUUGUAAGUGAAUUGUUCUAUUGCAGAAUAGUGUUUUCAAAACAAGUUCAGACUGCUCCUUGAGUAGUCGGUACCCUCUGGGGGUACUGUUAUGAUCAGCCUAGUGCUGAGAGAGAAAACGGGCAUAAUUAAGAAGUAAUUAUGCUUCUUGAAACAACUCCGACGGUCAUAACUUCCUACAGAGUGAAAUCUGCUGGGGGAAGGUUUGUCAGUGUUGGAGUAUCUAUGUGUACGUGAAUUAUCGAAAGCCAUACAUGGGAUUUGUGAAAUGAAAUUUUACCAAGGCAGUGAAUGUUUUGUAAAGAAUUAUCAUUCAAAUGAACCAUUUUUGGUUUAUUUUAUUUAAUAAAAAUGACUCCUAUAAUUAUUCUGUUCCUAGGAAGGAAGUGAAAAGGGAUAUAGUAUUCCUUGGUAAUGGCUAUGUCAUAUUUAUAGCACACAAUCAAAAGUUCUCAGUAUAACAGCCAUGUUAGGGGAAAUAAAACUGCAGUUUCAAACAAACGGUGGCUUCAAAGUAAAAAUAAAAAAAAUUGUAUAAAAGUGUAGAUUUUCACAAAGGGUACAGUAUACUUUAAAAAUAAUUCCUUGGUCUCACAGACUUAAGUUCUCUUAGCAGACUCUAAAAGGUACCCUUUCCAUUAUAAAAAAAACCCA